UUAUCACAAACGUCAAAACGCCUGCUGAACAUUGGUGCGCGAACUUAACUUGCAUACUGAUACCUCCCCACCAGAAACCAGCUUUCACCAUGGGCACAGCGAUGUUUGCGCGAGUGACGUUCUAUCCAACACUUUUAUACAAUGUUUUAAUGGAAAAGGUGACUAGUAGACGAUGGUACGAUAGAAUGGACGAUACAGUGAUACUGGGAGCUUUGCCGUUUCAGGGAAUGACCAAACAGUUAAUAGAAGAAGAAAACAUAAAAGGAGUGGUGUCAAUGAAUGAAACUUAUGAAUUGAAAAUAUUCUCCAAUGAUGCAGAGAAAUGGCGAGAACACGGCGUCGAGUUUUUGCAGCUGGCAACAACGGAUAUAUUUGAAGCUCCGGAUCAGGAGAAAUUGUACGAGGGUGUCCGAUUUAUCAAUAGGUUCCUCCCCCUCAGCGGUAAACUGCAAGGGCUGGAGGACAAAGGGCGGCAACCGAACUGCGGCACCGUGUAUGUACACUGCAAGGCCGGCAGGACGCGGAGCGCCACGCUCGUCGGCUGCUACCUUAUGAUGCGAAACGGCUGGACUCCAAAAGAAGCGGUUGAGUACAUGAGAUCAAGACGACCGCACAUACUUCUGCACACGAAGCAGUGGCAGGCGUUAGACAUCUUCCAUAGGAACCAUUGCGGACCUAAAUCUUGCUAGCUGUUAGAAAAUCUAGAUUAAAAAUUACCCAUAUAGAUAGUUCAUGAAUGUUUAAUAAAUGAGACAAGGUUUUAUUACGAAUAAAUAGUUUAAAUAAUUUUUUUUUUCGAAAAAGAGAAAAAAAAGUUUACACUCUGAAAAGUUUCAUUAGUAAUUUCAAUUUAUAUUUAUUUAUAUAAUAAUGUUUGUGGAUACUAAGUUAUUAUGCGUUUAAAAAAAUGUAUCACAAUAUUUUAUUUAUUUAAUGUAAGACAAAAUACAAUGCGUAUUUUUUAAACGGGUCAGCAAUCUGUAUAGUUUUUUGUUUUUAUAUUAAUCAACACAUUUUCACUUCUUUUAAGGAAACGGACAAUUUUAAUGAUUUCGGAUUUGAUGAAACUUUUGAAAUAAUUAAACUGCACAUAAAAUUGCAUUUUUAAUGUGACUGUAGUAAUACGAUAGCAAUAAAUUUGCAUUAAUUUACCGCAAACGACGAUAUAAAUAUAAUUUCGUCUAGUAAUUAUAUUUUUAUAGGGCAAGAGUAUUGACGUUGGUAGAAUAAAUAUUUUUUAUGUUAUAAAACGUGAGUCGUUAAAUUGACAUGUAUUAUGAUCGCUAUUGAAGUGUAUAUAAAUGUUAUUUUAAAACAA